CCAAAGUUUUCACGUUUGUGCUAAAAUCGCUUUUCAGUAGUCACCGUCUUCCCCCUGAAAGCGCAUUUCACAUCGCCGAAGAAGAAAAUUUACACAUGCGUUAGUACAGAGGGUAAAAGAAUGGCGGGAAUACGGAGAGCGAUUCGAUGCAUACAGACGGUUCCGGACUGUCCUCGUCUCACAAGAUUCUCCCUUCGAGCUCCGAAGAAUGUAGAGGUGGAAUAUGACAAUGGCAGUAUGUAUACUUUAUCAGCUGAGUAUUUGAGAAUAUAUAGUCCAGCUGUUGACAGUAAGAUUAGAUCAGUUGGAGGUGAAAAGGUUAUAUCUGGGCGGCGUAAUGUGGGAAUCAUGUCUGCAGAACCUGUAGGGAACUAUGGAGUGAGAUUGUUGUUUGAUGACUUGCAUAAGACUGGGAUCUUUACAUGGGAUUACUUCUAUCAUCUUGGGUGUAACAAGUUCACUCUUAUGAGAAACUACAUCAGAACUUUAAAGAAGCACGGACUGAGCCGGGAUCCACCAAGAAGGAAGUGAUGGGGAAAGUUAUCACGUAAAAAGCCAUUUAAGCACAUAACUGUUGCCGUCCAACCACGAGGAGCAAUGCUGGUUGCCGGUAAGAAGCUUAUUGGAAUUUGUAUUCUUUCUUAAACUUGAUAAGUUCCAACUUAUAUGGUCCAUUUCGUAGAUCUCCUACUCCAUAUAUCUGGUUGUCCUUUGAGCAUAUAUAUAAGCUUAGAAGUUACUUGCAAGUAACUUUUGUGCCAAACUUGUUUGAGCUUUCUUGUAAGUUACUUUCUUUUGAGAAUUUUAGGUCAAAAAAUUGCUUUGAAAGAAAGUAGAUUUGCCAAACAUGCUUUUAAGCAGAAGAAUAAUUUUUCCCUUGAAUCUCUUCGGUACAUUUAGCAUCAUGAUCAUCUGCCUUUCAUUUUCUUGUUUGCUCUUUUGGGUUCCCCCCUUCCCUCACAUUUUCUUGCGCGCGCGCACACACAUAUAUACCCCUCUUAAUUCAUCAAUUUGAAAGUAGAAUCAAGCUGUAAUUGCGUUAGUGGUUUUUCUUUUGAAAUGUGCCAAUCCCAUCGGGAAACGAAUGUUGUACAUCUUAUAUGAACUCUAAUGAAAACCUUAGUUUUUUUUUUAUUUUCA